AGCAGGUGCAGCUUUCUCCUUAAAUGGAUGCGAGCCACGUCAUGUGACGCAGCGAGCUGCCAACAACACAAGCAGCAUCACCAGGAAAAUGGAGGGAGGUGAGGCUUAGAAGACACACGACUGUAUUCCUGGAAGUGAUGCUUGUUAAAUAUUAAACAGCUUAAUGACAAUGAGAUUUCACGAGUGCGUUGAGUAAGACAUCCCUAAAUAAGAAACCAGCAAGAAACCUUGUUCGUCUUUGGCAGCAGGUCACUUCCUGCAGACAUGGAGUCUUCCUGCUCCCUUAAUGAUGGGAAAACUUCUCCCCCAAACUCUCUCCAUAUUGGUGGAGCCGGAGGGGACGGGGCCCAUCGGAAGCGACGUACGCUGGUGGCCCCAAACAUGAACUUGUCUCUGGAUCAAAGCGAAGGUUCAUUGCUCUCCGAUGACUUUCUGGAUACCCCUGAUGAUCUGGAUAUUAACGUGGAUGAUAUCGAGACCCCGGAUGAGUCGGAUUCCCUGGAGUUCAUCACCAAUGGUAAUGACCUGGAGUGGGAGGAUGACACACCUGUGGCCUCGGCCAAACCUCCUCCUGCUGACAGUGACACUGAUGGAGAGGGCGCGGAUGGGACCGGCGCCAACGGUCGUCUGUGGAGGACUGUGAUCAUCGGUGAACAGGAACACCGUAUCGACAUGCAGGUCAUACGACCGUAUCUGCGCGUCAUAUCACACGGAGGGUACUACGGCGAGGGUCUGAACGCUAUCAUUGUGUUUUCGGCGUGUUACCUUCCUGACAGCAGCUGUCCAGACUAUCAUUAUCUCAUGGAAAACCUCUUCCUGUACGUGGUGAGCAGUUUGGAGAUGCUGGUGGCGGAGGACUACCUGAUCAUUUAUAUUAACGGAGGGACGCCUCGCGGUAAAAUGCCAGGCAUUAGCUGGUUAAAGAAAUGCUAUCAGAUGAUUGACAGGAGACUGAGGAAAAACCUGAAGUCUCUGAUCAUCACUCACCCCUCCUGGUUUAUCCGAACCGUCCUGGCCAUUUCCAAACCCUUCAUCAGUGUGAAGUUCAUGAAUAAGAUCCGUUAUGUGCACAGUUUGGAAGAGUUGGAGAAGAUUGUCCCAAUGGAUCAUAUUCAGAUUCCAGAGUGUGUCUUACAGUUUGAAGAGGAAAGAAUAAAAGCAAGAAUGGAGCAGGAACAGAAAGAGCAACAGCAUCAAGAACAGCAACAGACCGUGACCAAUCCGGAGAGGACAACAACUGUUGAAGCCCCUGGACAUUGAGCGGGAAAGCCUGCUGGUGGUGUUGAUAAAACCAAUUUUGUUGUUGUUACUCUUUAAUGCUGAUCUGGGACCGUCUUUCAUAUCUUAUAUAAUAUAUAUAUUAAUACAUAUAUCAGAAUUAAAACUGGUCUCAGAUCAGCAACAAAGAAGACAACUCAAAUGAAAGUGGGAGUAACCUGCUCACUUUCGCUUUUAAAGGCACAAAUUUAAGAGGUAUGGAAGUGCACCAGCAGAUGGGGCUACACACAGCAUCUUCGAGCAGAUAUACAAUCUGCAUUGUACUGUGGCCUCCUAUAGCAGUUAUUGAUUUUAAAUAGGCUGUUCCCUGCUUUUUGAUGUCAUCUAUAUCUUGACCUGUUUGUCAAUUGCCUAAAAUUGCUUAAGAUUGGUGGUGCAUGUCUAUUAUGAGCAUUGAAACAACCGUUGUUCUCCCUCCGUACUUCUCUCCGUGUCUGAGCCCUGAAUGUAACUUGAUUCAGUUUUGCUUAUGUUUGCUUGGUAUGGGAACGUUUUAAUCUUAUUUUAUUAAGCUUUUGUAAAUUAUAAGUGCGAGUCAUGUUAUUCUGAUGAAAACAUCAUUGUUUGGCAUUUACAUGCAGUCAUUUUUGUUGCCUUUUGAUUCCAUAUUAAACAUUCUGGUGUAUGACUAUAAA